AUGACUUCAGCGACGUUGGCCGUUGCAAUGACCAACCUCCUCCCGGCAUUCACAUUCAUUUUGGCCGUCAUGUUUCGAUUAGAGAGGCUGGAGAUUAGGUCUUCAAGAAGCCAGGCUAAGGUAUUGGGGACAGCAGUAGGCGUGUGUGGAGCCAUGCUACUGACCUUCUAUCAUGGUGCAAAGCUCCAGCUUUGGUCAUUCCACACCCACCUACCGCAGCAUCACCCCAACCAACAUCAGUCCGGCAACCAAGUACUGGGCUCAAUGCUGGCCAUGGCAAACACAUUGAGCUAUGCUAAGAUGAGCAAGAGAUAUCCGCACCCUUACUCGAGCUCAGCCCUCUUGAACCUGUUUGCAGCCAUUCAAUCUACAUGUGUUGCCGCUAUCACAGAUCGGGAUCCAUCUGCAUGGGAACUUCGUUGGGAUGUUAACCUUUUGACGAUCAUCUACACGGGCAUACUGGUAUCAGGCUUGGUUGUGGCUCUCAUUGCAUGGGCUAUUCAGAUGAGAGGACCACUGUUUGUCUCAGCUUUCAACCCCUUGUCCCUUGUCAUUGUUGCCUUUUUUGGGUCCAUAUUUCUUGAUAAGGCACUUCAUCUAGGAAGUGUGGUUGGUGUUGGAUUGAUCAUCUUGGGACUGUAUACUGUGCUGUGGGGCAAAGGGAAAGAGGUGAAGGAACUUGUCCAGCUUCAGGCACACAGAUCUGCUGGAGAAGCAACUAAACUGGAUUCAGAUGGGUUGCACUCGAACCCGGCAGGUGCAGGCAUUGGUGCAGAUCAAGUGCCAGAGCACAGCAUAAAAGAAGAUCAGAUAGACAGUGUUCAGUUGUAG